UUUUGGAGGGAAAAGAUAAUUUUAUUAAAAUUUCGUACAUUUGUAGUACCAAAUUAAAAUUAUUUUGUACAAAAAUAGAUUUUUGAUAAUGUUUCAUGCAUGCAAACCACUUUUUUAUACUUUUUUUUUUAAAAAAGAUAAUUUUGUUGGAUCUUCUUUAAACACGUCGUGGCGCGUCACACGUUAGUAGGUAUAAGAAGCCGAUUAUACCUUACUCACGCUGAUUUGCUAAAACGAACGCGAUAACGGUAUAUAAUGCACUCCGUGAAAAACAUUGCUGAGUAGUCUUAUAGGGACAGAAAGUCAAAGGGUAUAAGAAGAAAAAGAAGAAUAGUCCCGUCACAAUUACGCUUACGUGUCGCCCAUACAUAGCACAUAUCAUGACAUUGCGAAUCGCGAGUAUCAUCGCUCUGUGCGUCCUGCUGAGCGACGCAUAUAAACUCGACGAUGAAGUGAAGCGUAUCUGGAGCAACGAAGAAAAACCGAUUCUCACUGUGGCAAAAAAUACAAAGGAGCUGUACCAAUUAGUCGAGUUCCCGGCACGUUCGCUUUGGUUUGAUAAUGCUCAAGACGUUCAUCCGAGUUCCCUUACCCAGGCUGUAGAGGACCUAUCACCAGCUUUAAAAGCUCGAUAUGUCGUUAAUCAAGCUGAUUGGGCAGCCAUGGCGACAAUAAGCACAAGGAAAGAUGUUGAAAGCUAUCCCGUUACAAAUUUAAUCGCCAUAGCCGAUGGGCCUGUUGGAAGUGGUACUGGAGUACCGUAUAUGUACUUAGUUGUUUUCGACUUUACCACUGAGGAUCUCAAAAAAGAUAAUCGCGCGACUCUCCUGAUGACGCUAGGUCAAAGCGACUAUUGUAAGAAUAAAGAAUAUGAUCCAAUAGAUCCACGAUGUGUUAGAGUUAUGCUAACUGGAAACAUUGUAGCGUUGAAAAACGACACCAAGGAACAUGAUGCCGUAGAGAAAUUUUUUUUUAGCCGUCAUCAGGAACUCAAAUACACACCCAAAGAUCACCGAUUGUAUCCCGCCAAGUUGAAGAUAUCGGCAAUCGCCAUGCUGGACGACUUCGGAGGACCAAAAGACAUUUCCGUCGAGGAUUACUUUAAUCCGUCCAGUUCAACCAAACAACCUCUCCGUUAUUCUAUAUUUGGUGAAAGGCUUUUGAUGAAUUUACUUCCAAACGCAAUGCUUAAUAAUUAAGCAUAUUCUGUUAGAACUUGAUUAGAUCCUGAC